AGGUGUGCCCUCACCAUGCAAUAUAAGGGCACAGCGCCCCUCCAUCCCCACUUUUUAGAUCACGUCCUCAGAGUAGCUAAAGAUCACCUUCCUCCCCGCUCUAAAAGACGACUGCGAGCACAGCGCCCAUCUGCCGCACGGCUCUGUCCCACCGCGACCUGCGGGGCGGUCCGGGCAGAGGCAGAGCUCCGCUCCCGGCUCCUCCUCCUCCUCCUCCUUCCCGCGGAGCCGCCGAGGGUCGCGCACAGCCGGGCGUGGGAGCGCCGCCGAUUUGUCACCAUGAACCUCUUGCCAUUGGAGUCCCUUUGUGUUUUCCUGCUUCCCCAAGUUUGGUUGGCAUUGGGCAUGCAGGAAAUCCACGCUGACCAGGAGACGAUUGGCAAGAUCUCAGCUGCUGGCCAACUGAUGUGGUGCUCAGCUUCUGUUGAUAUCCUUUUCCUCUUGGAUGGCUCCUACAGCAUUGGCAGAGGCAGCUUUGAAAGAUCGAAGCACUUUGCAGGCAAGCUCUGUGAUGCCCUGGACAUCCAUCCAGGCAGGGUCCGCGUAGGAAUGGUGCAGUUUAGUUCAGCUCCCCACCUUGAGUUCUCACUGGAUUCCUACCUAACCAAACAAGAAGUGAAAGAGAGGAUCAAGAGGACAGCGUUCAGAGGUGGCAGCACAGAAACUGGUCGGGCUCUGAAAUACAUUCUCCAUAAGGGAUUCCCUGGUGGCAGGAACUUGACUGUCCCCAAGAUCCUGAUCAUCAUUUCGGAUGGAAAGUCCCAGGGCAGUACUGCAGUGCCUGCCAUGCAGGUGAAGGAGAGAGGGACCACAGUUUUUGCAGUGGGAAUCAAGUUUCCAAGGUGGGAGGAGCUGCAUGCUGUGGCCAGUGAGCCCACCGAGCAGCACGUGCUCUUUGCCGGCGAUGCCAGCGAUGCAGCCAACGGUCUGUACAGUGCCCUGAGCAGCUCCAUCUGCAGCAUCACCACACCAGGCUGCAAAGUUGAAUCCUUCCCUUGUGAACGCAGAACUCUGGAGACUGAGAAGGAGCUGGCUGGAAGCUAUGUCUGCUGGAAAGGCUCAAAGCAGCAGAAUGUAAUGCAUGCUUCACUCUGCCCUUUUUACAGAGUGAAAAGAGUCUCAGUAAAACACCCAUCCAGAUGCUUCCGAACCGUAUGUACAGACCCUUGUGACUCCCAGCCAUGCCAGAAUGGGGGUACAUGUGUCCCAGAGGGACUGGACAAGUAUCACUGCCUGUGCCCAGUGGGAUAUGGAGGAGGCACGCACUGUGCACCAAAGCUGAGCCUUGAGUGUGGUGUGGACCUCCUUUUCCUGAUGGACAGCUCAGCAGGGGUCACACUGGAGGGAUUCCUGCGCUAUAAGGCGUUCCUCAAGAGGUUCCUUCAAGCAGUGAUGGGCCGGGACUCGCCAGCAAACGUGGGGGUGGCCCAGUACGAUACCAGCAUCAGGAUACCCAUUGAAGUAGGACAGCACAAGGAUGUGUUUGGUCUCAUGAAGAGCAUUGAUGCUUUGAAUUUCAGCGGGGGAGGAACCCUGACGGGCAGAGCCCUGUGGUACGUUGCUCAGCAUGGUUUUAGGAGAACCCCGGUGUUUGCAGAUGUGCUGGAUGACCUCCCACGCGUGGUUGUCUUGCUCACUGACUCCAAGUCCCAAGACCCAGUGGCAGAAGCUGCCAAGUAUGCAAGGGACAGAGAUCUGUUGUUGAUUGGUGUAGGCAGCAGCUUUGUGAGGGCAGAGCUGGCUGAAGUGACUGGCAACCCAAAGCAGACCGUUGUCUACUCAGACCCCCAGGAUUUGUUCAACAGGAUCCCAGAGCUGCAAAGGAGAAUUUGCAGUGUGAACAGUCCUGAAGGCUGCCAGGUGCAGUCUCUUGAUUUGGUGUUUGCAGUGGAUGCCUCAGCUGGAGUUGGCCUGGCGAAUUUUCUGCAGCUGAGGGACUUUGUCAGGAGCAGCUCUUGGCAAUUCACCAUCAACCGGGAUGUCACCCAAAUUGCCCUUGUGGCCUAUGGUAGCAGAGCUCACACCGUGUUCGCUUUGGACACCUACACAAACAAUUCAGCUCUCGUCCAAGCCAUCAACCAGAUGCCUUUCCUUGGGGACGUGGCCUCUGCCAGCAGUGCCUUACUCCACAUUCACAGUGACGUGAUGACGGUACAGAAAGGAGCAAGGCCUGGUGUCAGCAAGGUGGUGGUGCUGCUCACAAAUGGAGGUGGCAUGGAGGAUGCAGCUGCCCCGGCUCGGCAGCUGAGAGACAACGGUGUCACGGUGUUUGUGGUUGUCAUUGGGGACGCAGAGAGGGACACACUGCUGAGGGUUGCUGGGUCUCCCAGUUACCUGGUGCACAUCUCUUCCUAUGAAGAUCUGCAGCGUUACCAAGACCUCAUCACUGAAAGAAUCUGUGAAGAAGCAAAAAGCCCUGUGAACCUGUGCAAACCCAACCCGUGCAUGAACCAGGGCGUGUGCAUCCUCAGGCCAGGAAGCUACUGGUGUGAAUGCCACGGAUGGGAAGGACCCCACUGCGAGAGCAGAGUUCCCCGAGGUGAUUCCCCAAGAUCCCCAGUCCUCCCUACAGACUCCCAUGUGCAGCAGAUUCCGGGCACUUUUCAGCACUUCUCCGGAGCCCACCGACACCCGAAAAGGUCCUGAGAUGCUGACCCAGAUGUGCUGAGCUCCAGUUCUCCUCCCGUGGGCACUUGGUGCUGCUCACAGGCAUGACCCAGCAAGACACUGCUGCCCUUGGUUGAGUGACUGGGCCAUUCCCGGUUCCUGCGCUGCACAAACUGGGCUUUCCAGUGCUCUUUUUCUUUUGGAAUCAAGUAAAUAUUUGAUAUUAAGUAUUUAUUUUUGGCAUUUUUAUGUGUAAUUGUUAUAUUUUUAACAGACUUCUUGAGAGGUCUUUGAGUUGGUCUGAAAACAUGCAGACAUCUGAGCAAUUCUGGAACUAAUGGCGGGUUAUGGAGAUGGCAGCUCUGGUUCCCAGAGCACAGGGGUUUUUGAGGAAGCCUUGAAGCAAUAGGCUGGGUCAGACCCUGAGCCAGCUGUCACCUUGAUGUUAGCUUUUGCAUCGUCCUGAAGAUUUGAUUGUCUUUCUAAGCUGAUGCUUGAUCUUGGCCAGAAGUGAUACUUUCGGUGCAAAAACUGCAGAAUGAAAUCAAAUACAGUCCCUGGUGAGCAGGUCAGGCAGCAGGUGAUGGAGUGAAUGGUGUGCUACACACAGGUGGUCAGGUAAGAGGAAGAGGAACUGGUUAUCAGCCUCUGUUCUUAAGCUAUCCGUGCUGCUUUCUUCUCUGAGUUUAUUUGGGCCAAUCUAAUAAGGUUUAUCUUCACAGGCAUUUUGUAGCUGCCUGUUUUGUUAAGGUUUGAAAACGAUUGGUUUUGCAAAACAUUCAGUGGACUGUGUGACCCCAGAGCAGAGCUGUGACGGUUGCUGUGUGAUUCUGCCUCCCGUUGGCGUUUCCAGCUGACCUGAUCCCCAGCACAGCAGCAGCCUCUGCAGCCAGAGCUCAGCCUCUCCUGGGCUCUGAUAAUAUUUGCGUCUCCAGAGACAGUUUGGCCUCAUGCUUCUAUCCUCCAGAGCAGCACUGGAUCACCAGGUCAGUUUACCCAUGAAGCUAUGAACUGUGCUCCCCAGGACAGCCAUUCACACUGUCGUGUUGCUCUCUGCUGCUUUUCUCGUGGCAUCCAUCCUCUGGGCAAGGUCAGGGCAGCCCUAAGCAGGGACACGAGCAGUGGCUGCCAGUCCCAGUGAGAACAGCACCUGUUGUUCAGAGGAGGAGGAAAAACCCCUUCGCUCAGAUGUCCUGGUCUGAAUAGUAACAUCAGAUGUAUAAAAAGAGAGACAAAUUACUCUGCAGGUUCAUUGACAGAAGGACAACUGAAUGAGGCUCUCCUGAGACUGAAAGAUGGCACCAAGGCAAAAUAAUGCUAUAGCAGGCUGGGAGAAGCAAGAAUUUCCUCUUUUCAGUACGUGGUCUGUGUCCUUUGGUGCCUGAGGCACAGCAAAACAGGCUCAGCUGCAGGAAGGGCUGAUGUUUCGAUAGAAAGAUAAGUGAUUGUACCAAGAUCAUUUGUUUAGGCAGUGCCUCAUAGGCGUUGUCUCUGCUGUACGAGUGUUAUCAGAAGGGAGAAUGGGCAACACCAGGAUCACAGCUAACCUCACAAGCCAUGGUUUGUGUUUGUGGAGCUGGCUGGAUUCCAGCUGAGCUGCACAGGAGACUCCUCCCAAUCUCUCUGUGCAUCCCCUGCUGUGUGGUGGCUCCAAGAUGAUGACUUCUUCCCCUCUCUGCCCUGUUUGCAGUCCUCCCUUUCUGCAGGGCUUUAUCAAAGGAGAGCACAAACCCAUCAGCACAGCCCAGUGGCCCCGUUUGCAGGGGGCAAAGUGCUCUGAGAGGUAAGGAGGUGUCGGGGCAGUGGGAGGAGAGGGAACAGCCAACCUGGUAACGUGAGUUGGGGAAUGCUGGAUGUGCACUGAUCCCACAGCACAGCAGGACGUGGCUGAGCAGUUGUUGGAGUUGUUCCUGGCUAAUUCCUUGGCCCUUUCUCCUGCAAAUCUUAAUUAAAAAAGGGUAAGUGGCUCGGGGCUCUGACAUAACUCCUUAUUAAAUUCAUUCCUGCAGGCUUGCUUUGAAUUCCAUCAGAAAUGUUUAAUGAGAAUGUGUCUGAAGGGAGCUUGUGCCCUGAAGGCUGGGUGAUGCAGGAGCCUGGAAAGCCACGCGGGGGUCCCUGUGAGCCAGCGCUAAUCCUGUCUGGGUUAGCAGGGCACAGAGCCCAUGGGCAAGGCCAGCACAUCACUGGGUGUCAGGGCAGCUGCUAACAGAGCUGUGAAUUCCUCUUAAUCUGUAGGAUUCCUGCAGGAACCUUCACUAGUCACGGGCCAGGUGCUGACUGCAGGGGAGAGCCUAUUUCUCCAGCAAGGAACUGGGAUUUAGCUAAACCCCUUCCUCCUUUUCCCGUCAGUGAUGGGAGCAGGCACCAAGCACCGCACACAGUUGCUAUCUGGUGGCAAGCAGAAGGUAAGGGACUUCUCACACAUCUUUUCUCUCUACUGAUUGGUUUUGCUAUUGGAGCUACUGGCAGGAGCCUGCUUGGUGUUGUUUGUGCAGACUUGCAGGGAUCUUGCUGUGUUCAGUAGGUUCGCUACCAGAAAGGUUUUUCAUUUCCAUUGUUGUCACUCUAGAAUACUAAAUUAUUUGUUUAAGACUUCGUCCUUGUGGAUGGCCUAGCUAAGGAACUUCAUAAUGGUGGUGGUUUGAAGUGCAUGAAAGAUACUAGAAAGCAGAUCAGGGACAAGCCUCACUAAAACAGAAUACGCUGGUAACGUAAUAUAUUCAACAUUUUAUUAUAAAACCCUCUAAAGCGCCACUUUAUAGGUCACAGUUAGAACAAAGGAAAUGCUUUGAGUUAAGAAAACAAUGGGGACGCAGAGACGUUACUUAACAAUUCUUGUCUGGGAAAUGUAUUUACCACCCAGCAGAGCCAACAGGGCAGAAAGCACAGCUGCUCUCAGCCAUCGUAGCUGGGUAGAGCUGGACAAGCUCUAGCAGACAGCAGGGUGUAGGGGGGGAGAGUGUGGUGCUGUGUGUGUGCUUAGGGUGGGGACGGGAGCUCCAGACAGCUUAGGAUGGGGCAAAACAAAAGCUUCUUGGUGUCCGUGGCCUCCCUGUGCUUUGGAGAGGAAACUCCAGGUGGAUGGAUUUCUCUGUGCAUCUCUUUGAAUUGUAACGUCUCUACAUUUUAGCAGUUCCAGGCACGCAAUCUCUCUCAUUGAACAGCUUGGACACGGAGCAGAGGGAUGAGCUUUGCAGGACACAGCAUCCAAAGGCUAUGUUAAGUUUUAAUGAUCUAGAAAUAAGGGUGAUAGCACCAGGACAGCUAGCAGCUGUCCAGAGACAGGGAGGAGAGCAGGUCCAGCACCCACCUGAACCCAUGCAAAGGGGCUCUUUCCCACAGGGAUGUUUAGCAAUGUACAGCUGCUGCUAUGGGCCGUGCUGUGGCUCUGCAGGGAACAGAGAGCAUCAGCAAUGUGGUGCUGCCAGGGCAGGAGCACAGAGAUACCUCUACCUCCUCUCAGAAAGGGCAUCAGGAUCCAGCAUCCUCAUCCAGCAGGUAAGCAGGCCUGGGACUUUGGUACAUCAUUAACAACUCUUCAAUUAUGAUUAUUCGUUUUCAGAACCAACCCCCCAGGUGAAGGAGAUCAAGCUCCUCAAGAACUUCUAGUGACUGCCUGGGAGAUCAUUUCUGCCCAGAGCCCCUGGUUCCACCAAUCCGUAACACAGCAUGAGAAGGUGAGUGGGGAAUCCUCCUCCACGUUCUGGCAAAUCAACCCUACCACAGGCUGGUAGCAUUAAGCCUGUGGCGUGAUGCAUUUGGUCACUGAAAAUCCUUGCUGCAUGUGUACGUACAGUUAGUUCCCCGUUAUGUUGAGAGGGUCCAUCCUGCUGGACUGGUGCCUGCGUGCUUCUCAUCUGCGUCUUGCUGAUCAGUCAAGCCUGGGCAUCUGGAUGAUCUGCAGCUGAGGGACAGCCAGCAGCAAGGCAGGUGAGACUUUAGCUGGCUGCAAUUUGCCACGACAGGUUGAAAACCAUGGGGGUAUGAAGAAUAGCAGAGGCCCGUCCUGAACUCACUACUGUCACUAAUAUAAGAAACCUUAAUAACUCGUCAAUAAACCUUCAGAGUAGAAAUACACAAAACACCCCUAUGUACAGUAACAUUCUUGUUUACAGUAACUGGGUUAGGAAUCUGAUGCGAGGAUUGCCACCGGUUGUUAUUGUUUUUAGCUACGUGAUGGGACUUGUCUGGAAAGAGCAAAGGUUGUUUGGGAUAAGUGGUAGCAGCAGCUGCUGACUCCACUGCUGCAUCCAAGCAGGUGGCGUGAGGCGGAGGAGGCGCUUGGUGUGGGUUGUGUUGCACACCCAACAUCCACCUACUGGUGUUCGAAUCCCCUUUUCUAUGCACGGGCAGUUCCAGUCUUUAGUCCAUCUCUGAAAAAUGUACUUCUAACUCGCGCCUUUUUUCUCCCAUUCCUGCCAAAGAACAGAGGUGAAUUAGUCAAAAUGGUAAACCUGGCAAGCUGCAGUCGCUCUAAUAAGCUCAGGAGCGGCCUGAAUAUCUGUUACCCAAGUAGUUUUGGCUACCCAGCAGGGAGGUCUACUUUCAUUAUAGACUUCCCAUUCCAGACAGCAGAGGCACUGCUGCACAUGAGCAGGAUGGAGAUGGUGUGCAACCCUUAAAGGAGAGGCAAAGAAAAGCUCAGCCAGUGUCUUUCCUUUGUUACAAAGACAGAACAGAGUAAGGAGAACUCCAUCUGGAGCAGUGGAGAAACUGAAGCUGCUCCUGUCCAUGGCAGGCUGCUGUUUCCAGCCACUGGAGACGUGGUCUCAGACCCCAUGAGAUGCCAAGCUAUAUUGCUUGGGGACCUCCCAGGAGCAGACCGUCACACUGCCUCCUAAUUAAACCUCAAAUGUAUAUCAGCAUAGUUUCAGUGAGAGUAAACCACUCGUUUGCUCCACUUGCUGCCAACACAAGCAGUGUGGCUCAGCUCCAGUUCCAGUGAUUAAUAUAAAUCGCAGUCAGAACAAACUUGGGUGAAAAGACCAGAGGAAAACAUGGCUGCUGUGAGGCAUGGGUCAGCAUGCUUCCCAAACACCCAACCUGACCACAGCCAUCCCUGCUGGGCUGCCUUGCUGCCAGGACGGGGAGCAGUGGUUACCCCACACUCUCACUGGCACGUUACCUUAGCUUUCUGUAGGACCGUCCCCUUCCCUGUCACCAUGACAGACAAAGGCCUGUUCUUCAGAGCCGUUGCUGAGUUGACUGGUGAGCUCUCUGCGCUCGUUGCUGGGCUGGCUGGUUUUGUUUGAGUCUGCAACAAAAAUAAUGGAAAUCACAAUGACUUACUUCAUUCCACAGAGAGAGAUCGUUGCCUUUUUCAGCACUAUCGUGUAGUAAAGCUCCACGCUCACAACCCAGUUGUUUUCCAGUGAAAUAAUGACUUUGAAACCUACCCGGGGGGCUGUAUUCUCCAAAUGCGUGGUGUCCACGGUGGUGCCCAGCGUCACAGGACCAGACUCUGCCUUCUUCAGGUUCUCCUUCACCUCUACCAGGCUGAGCUCCAGGUCCACCCUUCGGCUCUCCUUCUUCUUGCACUCUUCAUCUAUCUCCUUCAGCCUCUGCUCCAGGUUCUUGUCUGCAAGAGCAGUAUUUCAGCACUGAUUCCCCUGGCAGCGGGUCUCGUGUUAGCACGCCUAUGGUCCUGAAGUUGGUGAUGGAGGUGCAAAGACCCUUCUGGUCGCAGGGCUCGGCAUCCUUAUCCACUGGGGCUGUCUCAGCUGUGCUAUCUGCUGCAGCCUUAUUGCCAGCUCUCUCUAGAGCUGGCGAGCUCAGGGACGAAGGCUGACAUGGCUUCUUGCCAGCACAGUGCAGGAAGGACUUCACUGGGGUAAGAUCCAGGUACACCCUGUCUUGGUCCCCCUCCAGCUUGCUCUCGCUCUUGGGUACUUCUUCCUGCAAAAGGUGAAUGUUCCCAUGAAAAGAGACCAUCUGCUGCAGCCAGAAGCACAGGCCAAGUCUCACUGAAGAGCAGAGCACGUCAGGUAAUCUGAGAUGUUCUCCAUAAACUCUUCCGUGAUUGAAUAGAGUCACAACCCUAUUUUCUAAGCCCUUCCUUAAGGGAUAAAGUGUAUGGAAAGUCACCCCCGCUCUCCUUCAUUAUAUCUUUCCAGUGGUUGCAGCCUCAUGUGGGCAUCUCAAUUUUUUGUAGAUUUAGGAUCAGAGCCCUUGUCCCCCAGCAGAGCCUGCCCUGUGCUUAUGGGAUGGCUUUCCUGCAAUGGGAGGAGUUUUGGUAAAACAGGGUCCAAAGAACCCACAGCCACCAAACCAUCUGUGCUGUUAGCAGACAGAAAAUGUGGGUUUUCAUUGCACAAAACUGCUAAUCUAAACACAUCCUUCUGGAAACCUCCCACAUUUCUCUGCACCUCCUCACCACUGCCCACUUCUCUGCCUCUUGCAAAAGCCUGGAUGUCCCCAAGGGAUAGGCCUCCCCUUCCCCAAGUGCUGUUCCCAGCUGGUGCACCUUACCGCUGGCACGUCCGGCAGAUCCACAUCAUCAUAGAGCUCUUCUUGCUGUACCCUCCCCUUGGGCAGGUUGUCAAUGUAGGCAUUGGGCUCGGAGUAUUUCCUCUGCAUUAGG